AUGCUUAUUUUCUAUAUUGUUACUAUAUUUUGCGUUGGCUUGCAGUUAUGUCAAGCAGAGGCUCCAGUGACUCCACCAGUUCGUUGUGGGCCUAUACCCAGAGCUAUUUUCAGCUGCCUUAACAUGCCCAAGGUGGUAAAACCAGAAAUGGCUGAACAGUGUAAGGAUGUCCAAUCUCCCCAUUGCGCAAGAAUGACAUGCCUUUUUGAGAAAUCCGGUUGGAUGGAUGGCAAAAAUGUAGAUAAAGCGAAGAUAAAGGCCUACCUUGAUGAUUUCGCUAAGCAGAAAGCGGCGUGGUCUGCCCCUAUAGAGAAUGUGAAAGAGACCUGUUUGAGUGGUGAACUACCCGCACAGGGAAUACACCUUAGCUGUCCUGCAUAUGAUGUGAUGCAGUGUGCGCUUGCAAGUUUUAUAAAGAACAGUGAAGCAUCUCAGUGGUCAUCAGCACCACAUUGCGAGUAUCCUCGUCAAUUCGCAGCGUCUUGUCCCAUCUGCCCCUCUGAUUGCUUUGAACCUCAGAUACCGACUGGAUCUUGCAACGCUUGCCUUUCUUUACCUCGGUCACCAUAA